AGAGAGCUCACAGUUUGUAGUUGUAUUCAUCGUGAAGUUGCACACAGACUGGGAUGCUCUAGGUUCAGCAUCCUGAUUAAAGACUAAAUAACCAGUUGACUGCCAAACCUGCUUGACCAGAAAUGCCAAUAGCGGACUUGCUGGGAGUGCACUUUGACAUGCAGCUCCUGGCCAAGCUGACUGCGUCUGCUGCUGCUAUUCUUUUCGUCACCUGGGUCUUCCGAUUUUAUAGCUCCAGGGCUCGAGGCCAAGCAAGAGCCAAGAAGAGACUACCUCCUCCCAGGAGCACUCAACCAAGUCCUGAAACCUGCAGCCCUUGCAAAACGGUGUUAGAUCCUCUAAAAGACAAAGAGAUAGAGGAAAAUGGUGGAGAAAACCGGUCUAGGCAGUCCACUGUGGAUUCUGGGCAAGGCAUUCUUCAACUACAAAAAACAGAUGACAAGGUUAAAAAGGAAGAGAAUAAAGAGAUGGAUUUCUUUGUUUCUGACACAGAGGGAAGUUCCUCACUGCUCUCUGGUGUGGAACGCAACACAGAAGGGGAUACAAAGUCUGUGGAUGUUGUGACCAAUGCACAAGGAAGUUCUGUGCUUUUCUCCGGUGUGAAGCGCAACAUAGAAGUGGAUAAAAAGUCUGAGGAUUUUGUGACAAAUCCAGAGGAAAUUUCAUUGUCAUCCUCUGGUGUGGAAUGUAACAUUAAAGAGUGUAAAAAGUCUGAGGACAUUGUGACCAAUACAGAGGGAAGUUCCUUGGAGAAAAAGCCUGAAGAAUUUGUGACCAGUCCAGAGGGGAAAUUGUCACCUGCCUCUGGUGUGGAGGGUAACAUGGGGGACUUCUUGGACAAGGCAGAGAGAGAGAUUAAAGUCAACAAAGCAGAACUGACUCUACUGACACCUGGUUUAGAUGUCAGAGUGGCAAGUCCAAGUGGACGUCGUUCGCCAUGCCAGCUUAAAAAGCUGGAUGGUGGAGUUGAAGUUGGCAGAGAGCUCAGACAGAAUAUGGGUCAUCCUGGAACUUUUUCCAGUUUCCAGUCGAAGGCAGAGAUCAAAGUGGAGAAUGCUGACCUGGUAAUAGAGGGGCCUGGAGAUCAAAGCACAGCAGUUCGUGGUAAGAUUUAUGAUUAUUUUGUCGAGACAUCCUCACAGUCAGUUUCAGAUUUAAGCCCCACCCAUUCUAGAAGUCCAAUUUAUGGACCAUAUGAAGCCAGCAUAAAGGAUAAACCCCGGACACCGAGUCCCUUGCCUUCAUCUUUAAUCAUUAGAGAUCUGGACAUUGUAAUUGACUCAGAAAGAGUGUCUCAAAUUCCCAUCAGAUCAGAAACUGGAAGACAUCUCAGACAUGGACUAAUUCGCAAGGACAGUUAUCUUGCUGCUGCUGCAGAGUCAGAAGUCCAGAUCCCUUUUCCUCCUCCUGUGACUCAAUGCCGCUCACCCACACUUCUAAAUGAUUUCUCAACAAACUCCACAGAGUCAUCAAAACAAAUACAAUUCUCUGAGGAUCCACAAGUGGAAACAGUGGCUAGGGCCCAAUUUUUUCACCUUCCUGUGGAGAACAUAGGAAAUGCAGAACUGGAGAGUUUAACUGGAAAACUUGACCUGGGCAAUUGUCUGGAAGCACUGAUGCUUGCCAAGAAACAUAGACACAAUGCUCUUCAGCAAGCUGCUCUGAGAGUUAUGUCAGACAAUUACUUUCAGGUUCUACGAGAUCCAAACCUGUACGGUCGACUUAAGGCAGGUGAGCGAGACCAGAUCCAGAGGCAACGCAGUAGAGGCAAAAGACACCUCAUGGUCGCAGACAUGGACUCCCCAGAUAGGACCAGAAGUCAUUCACGGUCUACAGACUCCUACAUUGUAAGAGGAGCUAGUGGACUUUUUUACUAUGAUGAUUACAAAGACACAUGGGAUCUUCAGUGCCAAAUCCCUCAGGAAGUCUCAUCCGAGGGCUGUGCAAUGUGCACCAUGGAUAACUAUCUGUUUGUAGCUGUAGGCUUCCAAUGCACAUUACCAUCAAGAAAGGUGUUUUGCUACAACCCCAUGACCUCCAUUUGGAGUGAAAUCUGUCCAAUGAAUGAGGCCAGGCCUCAUUGCAAGCUUGUAGCUCUACAUGACCAUGUGUAUGCCAUCGGAGGGGAGUGUCUCUCAACAGUGGAGCGUUAUGACCCUAGGACUAACAGAUGGACCUUUGUCGCACCACUACCCAAUGAGACUUUUGCGGUUGCCCAUCGGGCUACGGCUUGCAACGGUGAGCUGUUUGUUUCCGGUGGCACCCUGAAGUAUACACUCUUGCGCUACAACCCCAAAACUGAUGUCUGGCGACAGAGCUUGAUUAUAGGCACCAAAGAAAGGACGACAGAAAUGGUAGCAGUUCGUAACUUCCUUUAUCGGUUUGACGUUAACCCUUACAUAGGGAUCAGUGUGUAUCGCUACCAUGUUGUGGCCAAGCUAUGGUAUGAGUGCUGUUCUAAGCAAAUUCCACACUGCCCGCCCUUUCAGUGUGUCACUAUGGAUGAUGUCAUCUAUUGUGUAAAUCGGCAGUUUACUAUGAGGUUCUUAGCUGAUGAAAAAUCUCCAGGCUUUGUGGCGGACGAUUUACAAAUCCUCACACAAUCUAAGGGUAUUUUAUUCCCUUUUAUUCUUGCACUGCCUGAUAAACGUACUCUUCAAACCAGCGUUUGAAUUCAGUCAGCUGAGUCGAGAAAAAGACUGGCGCACCCAGAGUUCAUAGUUGGAGACCAUAUUAAGUUACUGGAAUGCACAGUCGUCUUAAUCAGUGGCAGUCGAAGUGAAAUAUCAAGGCUAUUAAAGCCAGUAAUUGUAAAGCUAGAUCAGAUUUAGUGUGCACUCCCAGUGAGAUAAAUCUGCCGUUCCAAUGAGAGCUGUUUGUUAUCAGAGUUUUUCAGUCCACUCUUGGGUCUAAGUAAACUCUUAAAUCUUGCUAAUGUCUAGUGCUACUGCUUAAAGUGUUUCACUCGAACAUACUGCUCCAAAAUGCUAUAAGCAAAAUGUCAGCUAAUCAAUAUGUAGAGUGGAGCCAUGCUGCAAUUUGCUGUAAUGAAUAACACAAAUGCUCAUCAUUUCCAAGAUUUAUGAAGAAUGGUAUAAGGAUAUUCAUAGCAUGCUUUGCUCUCACGCCCAUUUGAACUCAUGAAUAAUUCAAAAUGAUAAAUUAUCAAAUGUUGGCUUUUUUCCCCCACUGUCCUUCAUUGACAUCAAUGUCUGGACUUUUAUGUUUAUUGCUUCUCUUUUAGAUAAGUGAAAUAAGGCUAAUGUUGUUGAAUACUAUGUAGUGCCACUGAGUGUGUCUAUUUAAACUUUCCAAAUAUGUAAUAUAUUUUCAGCAACAUAACAUAAUCCCAUGAGGGAUGGCACGGUGGCGUUAUUGGUAGCGUUCCUGGGCUCGGAUUACUGUUUGGGGUUUCAUAUGGUCUUUUAGGAAUAUUUAGUUUCCUACUAUAGUUCUCUAGUUUCCUCCCAAUGCAUGCUGGUAGGUGGAUUAGCUACUCUCAAUUACCACUAGGUGUGAAUGGUUGCUUGCAUGGUUCCAGUGAUGUACCAGCAUCCCAUCCAGGAUAGAUUCCCACCAUACACACUGUGGUUUCAGGAUAGGCUCAGGAUCCAGCACAACCUGGACCGGAAUAAAACAAGACGAAUCCUAACCAUAUCAUUAACCUUCAUAUCAUUUUUGAGUUGUGCAUAUGCAUACUGUACAUGUGAGACUAUGUCAAUUUUAGGAUACUCACUUUCUUUAGGUCACAUGUAAAUAUAUGUCACACAUUUAAAAAUAUUAUAUUCUGUAUAUAAAUAUAUAUUAUAUAUAUGUAAUAUAUCAAAAUCAUAUAUUAAAUACGAUGUACUUGGAAUAUAUAUGUAUGCUAAUGAAAUAAUAAAUCCUGGACUAUAAUCUGCCUUAUAAAUAUAUGUAAUCAAUUAUUUGAUGCUUUAAUACAAGACAAGGACUUUCACACAAAGCUGAGAAAAAAAGAUAUACUGAAUGGUAUGCCAUAACAAACCAUGCCUGCCUGCUCGCUUGUUCAUGCUCUGUAACAAUGGCACCAUCAUGUGGAUGUUUACCGUGAGUCAACAGAAUUUAACUGGUUGUUCAUAAACUGGAAAACAAAACCCCACAUGUACAGUUUAAAAUGUAGGAGCAACCAGAAAGGUUUGGAGAACUGAUCUGCAUUUUCAGACAGCAGGGACAGUGUAACAUGGAUGGCUGACCAUCAAAUGUAUGCAUCCU